CAGGGUGAGGGAGGUCCCCCAAGCCUUCUCCAUGGGAACAGAGAUCAGUGUUUGCUCCAUGACAAAGCCUUAUCUGCAACCUUUACCCGUGUUUGCUCAGACCCUCCAGCCAUUGGGUGGCCGGGCCUGGCUCCCCCCAAGACAAGGUACAUUCCUGCUGCAGGACAGGCGGCGCUGGCUCAGCACAUCCUGCCAGGGCAGCCAGGCCACAGCACACCCCGAGCCCACGGCCAGCGCCCGGCGAUGGAGGCUGGUGAUGGCACCGAGGAGCCCUCGCUGCCCCUGGCACUGACCAGGUUCCAGGUCUCCGAGGAGUUUGGCUUCCUGCUUCCCGACCCGCUGACAGAACUGCCAGAGCCCUACAGCCCCUGGAUGGAGGUGGCCCACGAGCUGCCCCAGCUGAUCGCCAGCCACCGGCUCCGCUCCCGCGUUCACCAGAUGCCGCAGCUGAGCGCCCGGCACCUCCGAGGACGUGAGGAGCUGCACUUGGCACACCUGGUGCUCAGCUUCAUCACCAUGGGCUACGUCUGGCAGGAGGGCGAGGAGGGCACCGUGCAGGUCCUGCCCCGAAACCUCGCCGUCCCCUACUGGGAGGUCUCCGAGGCCCUGGGCCUCCCGCCCAUCCUCAGCCACGCAGACUUUGUGUUGGCCAACUGGAGGAGGAAGGACCCCAACGGGCCUCUGGAAAUCGAGAACCUGGACCCCAUCAUCACCCUGCCCGGGGGAGAGAGCCUGCGGGGCUUCGUCCUCGUCACCCUCCUGGUUGAGAAGGCAGCUGUGCCUGGCAUCAAGGCAAUCGUCAGGGCCCUUCAUGCCAUCCUGCAGCACGAUGAGGAGACCCUGCAGAGAGCCCUGGAGGAGCUGGCAGGGGCCAUCGAGGCCAUGAGGGAGGCACUGAGGCGGAUGCACGACCACGUGGAUCCCACAGUGUUCUACACUGUGAUCCGCAUCUUUCUCUCUGGCUGGAAGGACAAUCCCACCAUGCCGGCCGGGCUGGUCUAUGAGGGGGUGUCCGAGGAGCCCCUGGCGUUCUCGGGGGGCAGCGCGGCUCAGAGCACGGUCCUGCACGCCUUCGACGAGCUGCUGGGGAUCCGCCACGGCCAGGACACCGCCGCCUUCCUGCACAGGAUGAGGAACUACAUGCCCCCGCCCCACCGAGCCUUCGUGGAGGAGAUCCAGCGUGGCCCGUCCCUGAAGCAGCACGUGCUCUCCUGCAGGGACAGGCGGCUCCGCGGGGCCUUCAAC